UCUACACGUAAUGGAGAUGCUGAUAAAAUAGUUAAGAUUGAUAUUGAUUAUCCUUAUAAACUUCCAUGCGGUCCGUCCGGACUUGAUGAUAUUUUUUCAGGUUUCCUAAAUGCCAUAUCAGCACAAUUAG